CUGGCGAUGGCAUCGCCACAUUGGCUCUGCGCGCCCGUUUAAACGCCCCCCGCAUUACGGCUCGACUUUCCGCCGUCGAAAUCGGUCCAGCCCUCGGGGGUAAAUGGGACGUCAAGUACGAGCCUGACCCGGAUGUCACAACGUCAAUGGCCGCUUUGAGCACGUCUACCGCCAUCGAAAAGCCGCUCCUCUCCCGCGGCGAAAUCUCAGAUCGCUUCUUCUUCUACCGCAGCGCCCAGGUGAUGGGGGACACUGCGAAGAUCACUCACAUCCAUCUCCUACCCCUCACCGCCAACAUUAGCAUCAAGUGGCCCGUUCCAAAAGGCGAAGCAGCAGAUCAGCGCCCGGCCGCCGGCGACAACUUCUUCAUCGUCUUCGAAGUCAUGAAAGACACCAAGCAUCCGGCCUCCUUCUUCCGCCUUUCCGAGUUUGGAUGCUGGUCGAACUGGGAAGACGUCAACGCCAUCGCCGUGAAGAUGCUCUGGAAAGGCAAAGAUGACGAGACAAUGAACUUCCGAUACCUCCAGAUGAGCGCCGAGGACGAGUAUGCGCACGCUGCGCCUGGUGGAUCGGACAAGUACCGCCGUGGUACCCUGCUGUUCAUGAACCUCAUGAACGCCAAGUAUCCAGAGGUGCAAGAGUGGGUUGGCGCACCCAUUUUCACCCGUCAAGUCCAGAUCAAGACCGAUGCCUUCAACCAAGAAAUCAUUGCAACUCGGUCCGACAAACCGCUGGCCAAACUCAUCGGCCCCAGAUUCAGCCUCGAGGUCCCGGCCAAACGCAUGAGAGAUCUAGGCCUCGAGAACGUCAACGGAGCAUGGCGCAGUCUGACUUGGGGGUGGGUUGACAAGCUGCCCAUCUGGGGAGAAAAGCGCAUGCAGGGUGUAUCCAAGCAAGCCAUUCGCACGCUGCAAGCCGAGAUCAAGAACCGCCGAGACUGCGACCGCUGCUUCUUGAUCAAGACGGUGCUCGGAGAUGCAGACUGCGACUGCCAGCAGGUGGGGAGCGUCAAUCGGUGCCAGGAAUGCGUGAACGCCGGGCUGCCAUGCUCGUGGACGAACACGCAGAAGUUGGGUGGUCCGACUUUCAUGGAUGCUCCAGCUGGGGCGAGUUCUGGUGGGCUGAAGAGGAUGAUGUCGGGGGAGUUCUUUGAGCGCGCGAUGAAGGCGCUGGUUGCUGCGCCUUACGUCGCUGAUGCGUGUAAGAAGGGGGUGGGACCUUCGAGCAUCGACAUGCACAGGCUCGUGCUCGAGGAGUUGGAGUAGUUCUAGAUCGGGGCGGAAGGGAUGAACUUCAUAGAAUUCGGCACGCCGGUUGAAUGGAAUUCGUACGAAACUGCAG